AUGACAGAACUGUCCAUAGAAGGAGCUAAGAGAUACCAAAACAUAAACUGUGAUGACAUUAAGAAGAAGCUUGAAGAUGUUAUUGCGCAGCUAAAAAGCAAGAGAGAAGAAUAUGAACACAGUCCAAUAAAAACAAGUAGCAAAAUGGAGCAGCUCCAAUAUUUGCAGCCCCCUGAUAAUUUUAGACACUACAGUAUAUUCCCAACUGUUGAAGAUUUUGCCAACAAACCAUUUUUGCGACCUAGCAUCGUCAAAGGGGCAUAUAUUGAUGUUGAACAUUACCUAGACGUCCAGUUCCGCUUGUUGAGAGAAGACUUUGUGGGUCCUUUACGUGAGGGUAUAGCACAAUAUAUGGAACAUUGUCUUCAAGGCCAGAAAAGAUUUAAGAGGAUUGACAAUGUGCGAAUAUAUCGUGAUGCUCAGUUUGUAAACACUGUAACUGUUAAAGAAAAAGUAGGUGUGUUAUUAAAUUUUGAUACCAAAAGGAAGCUGAAAAAUAUUCAUUGGGAACAUUCCAAACGUUUUAUGUUUGGUUCUUUGUUGUGUUUUACACGAGAUAAUUUUGGUACCUUCUUUUUUGGUACAGUGCUGGACAGGGAUAAGAAACAGCUAGAGAAGGGUUGCGUUGUGGUUGAACUUUGUGACGAAAUAGACUCAAACAUGUUCUAUGAAUUUUUUACGGUAGCAGAAAGCGAAGUUUACUUUGAACCAUACAGGCAGGUAUUAAAUGCAUUGCAGAAUAUGCCAUGUACAGAAUUUCCAAUGAAGCCUUAUAUUGUUGAUGGGAUUACAGAAGUGAGUCUACCCCGGUAUAUAUAUGCAAAUCCAGAUUCAGCAGUGUACAACAUUGAUGACUUCAGAGUGCCUGUUACUGAAAUGGAUGCUUGGCCUACAGAAGAUGAACUGAAUUUGGAUGUUUCACAGUACAAGUCAUUCAAAUCUGCUUUGACAAAGGAGUUUGUUAUAAUACAGGGACCACCAGGAACAGGCAAAACUUUCCUGGGAUUGAAGAUAAUGCAUACUUUUCUCAACAACCAAAACAUACGGAACAUUAACCAUAGACCUAUUCUUGUAGUUUGCUACACUAACCAUGCUCUGGAUCAAGUCCUGGAAGGCACUUUACAACAUACAACAAGAAUAAUUCGAAUUGGUGGUCAAUCACAGUCGAAAGCUCUAGAGCCAUAUAAUCUGAAAGAAAUUAGACGAACUCGUGCACUGAAAUUAUCUACAUCACAUACCAGGGAGAUAUUCAGACAAAUGCAAGAUGUCAUCAGUCACAUUCAUUCUCUGCAACGAGAUAUAGAUAAAAUGGCUAACUGGGGGGUAGUCAGUGUUUCUUCAUUGAAGGAAAUGGGACUUACUGAUAAACAACUUGUAUCAUUUAUAGAUAAACAGUCAGUCAGUGAUGAACUUUUCAUAGAAUGGUUGAAGGGAGAUGGAAAUGACAAUCCAGAUAAUGAAUUUCAGCAGGAUGAUGAUGAUGACAACAACAUUAAUGUAUUCCAUGAUGAAUACAAUCUGGUUAUACAAACUGUAAGCACAAUACAGUUAAAAUAUGCCCUUGAGCUAUCACAUCUUCGUGCACACAGUCAAUAUUGUCAAGAGCAGAUGGAGCGUUCUCGAGAUAACCAGGAGGAUUUCCUGAAGUAUCAGCAGCUGUGGCUGUAUAACACAGGCCUCUACAGGUUCUUCAAGAACCGCCUUACACAGGAUGUCAGUAUGGAUGGACAUGUUACUGAGAGAUUGACACGUGUUCACAACCUCUGGGAUCUUAACAUAGAAGAACAUCUCUGUAUAAUGCAAGAUGCCCUUGUUGUUGGCCUGACAACAUCUGGUGCUGCAAGGAAGCAGUCUUUGUUGCAGGAACUGAAACCACGAAUAGGUGCUGGAGACUUGCCCUCAUGUGAAAGACUAUUGGAAGAUAUUGUACUUCAGAUCACUAAAGAGGAGGAGGAGGAAAGAUUAAAAGAAGCUAUGAAAGAUUAG